AUGGAUUACGCUGAUCUGCAUGCGGGCUACGAACAGGGUGAUAUCGACACGAAAAAAUGCAACGAAAGAAAGAUUCUCCGCAGAACAAUCACGGAGAAUGUCUCCUCAGAUCAGCACUGUCAUAUGGACACUGAACGGAACGCCAUCGAUAGGGUUGCUCGGCGGAAGUUAAUCGUGGCUAGUUGCCUCUGUCUCUUCUUCAUGAUUGGUGAAGCUACAGGUGGUGCUAUCGCGCACAGUCUAGCCAUCAUGACGGAUGCAGCACACUUGCUUACUGACUUCGCCAGUUUCCUCAUCAGCCUCUUUGCCAUCUACCUCGCCAGCCGACCCGCGACCAAGCGCAUGAGUUUCGGAUGGUACCGUGCGGGUAAGAUAACUUUCACGAACUUUUUUAUUAUGUCCACCUUGAGAACAGUGAGCGUGAAAUAA